GAGCAGCUCCCAGCCGGAGCACAGGGAGGCCCGGAGGCCUCCAAUGGCUGUCAAGUCCAGGCGAGGUUUAAGAGGCUCCAUCGAUGACGUGCUGGGCGACCUCCUCGGCUAUGACGAUGAAACCCCAGCUAAACCUGCCAGAGCUUCCCAGGCGGCCGGGGGCAGCGGUGGCAGAGCCCGGGGCACCAGCUACCCAGCCAACAAGAAGUCCUUGCUGGAGGAGGAUUUCUUCAGCAAACUCCCUGCCGAGGACAUUGAAGCUGUGGAGGAGUCUGAUGUCUCAGACGCCGACCCGCAGGCUGUGCUGCAGACCCUGAAGGACAUGGACGACAUGGAAGCAGAUCUCCUGGGAAUAUCAAAACCCCGUUCAGCGCUGGGAGAAAUGACUGUGAAAGACCCUGAGAAGCGUGACCCUGCAGGAGGAACAGGAAAUCCUGCAGGGAAGUUGCCAGCUCCUAAGAAAGAGGAUUCUGCGCCUGUGAUGGAGAAGAAGCCACUCUCGCCUCCCCCUGCUCCCCGGCCCUACAAGAAAUUUAACUUUGAAGAUUUGGAUGAUCCUUUGGCAGGACUUUUAUCUGAUGAGGAACAAGAUGCUCCCAAGAAGCCUACCCCAUCCAGCACUGAAAACAGCUCCGUGAAAAAGCCAGAUCUGAGCAAAGAGAAAGAGGCCCCGGCCCCGCAGCCCCGGCUCGCCGCGGGCCCCGCGCGCAGGAGGGAGGAGCUCAGCUUUGAGGACGACGGCGAUGACCUGAUGGAUGCGCUGGGAUUCGGUGACAGCCSGAAAGGAGACACGAGGCAGGAGAGGAAGGGAGACAAGGAUGAGGUCCGUCCAGCCCGCUCCAAGCUGGACGAGUUACUGGGACGGGGCUCCGCAGCCAAAGCCUUGGAACGGCCAGGCCCAGCAGAGCGCAGGGAGUUCAAGCUGGAUGCAAAAUACCAAAAGCAGCCAGAGAAGGAUGAGCCAGAGGAUGAGGAGGAUUUCGUCUUCGGUGCAUACCAGCCCUCGGUGGCCUCAGCACCAGAGGGGAGGCCACCACAGCRGCAGCCGGCGAGCAGGUUUUCAUCWGAGGGCAGCCAUGAAUCGAAGGUGGAUGCCCCCACCAACCCGCCUCCUGCAGCUGGCAGGAGCCCCACACGGGGCAGCAGGGCUGGCGGCGACUGGCUGGGCCUGAAAGAUGAGGAUUUUCUGGACUCAGACCCGCCAUCUCCAGAGCAGACCUGUGCCGUGGGGAGCUGCCCRAACACAGCCGGGCAACCCAACUCUGCCGGGCAACUCCCAGCCACGGAGCAGCCCGCGGGCAAAGCCAACCUGCCGGAGGAGGAGAACUGGCUGAGCGCUGCCUUGGCACGCAAGAGAGCCCAAGCACAGGUGAAGGAGAGAGGGACUGAGCCCUUGGAGACCCCAGGCCAAGGGCUGGAUCCCCCCUCAGCCACCAGGCACCCCGUCCCCCAGCCCAGCAUCCCAGAAAAGACAUCAGCUCUUCCAGCAGAGACCAGAAAGGAGGAUCCCUCCAGAAGUGCCAGCGUCCUGGCUUCUGCAUCCUUAUUCCCGGGAGAGCAGGAGACACCAGGRCCUGUCACGCUCACUCAGGACCCACUGGGAGAAGGUUGGAGAAGGGCAGAAGAGAGACCACAGCAGUUGGGGAUGUUACCCUGGAAGAAGGAGACUUCUUGGAGAGGUAGGCUCAGUCCAAAGCCUGAGCACAUCCUUGCACCUCCACAGGCUACUGUUCCCCGGACACAUGUGCCAGCAACAGCACAGCUGCAGGGGAAGGGGCCGGGGGCUCCUGCAGUCCAGCUCCCUGAGGACACGAUGGGCUGUCAGGCAGCGCUGCUCAGUGCCCAGGCCCGCGUAGCAGAGCUGGAGAGCCAGGUCCGGGCACUGGAACUGGAGCGGAUGCAGCAGAAACUGUUGCUGGAGAGUCUCCAGCAGCGACACCAGGAGGACUUGGAUCUCCUUGAGAGCGCACACAAGAGCCGGGUGAAGGUGGUGGAGGAGACGUGCGGGCAGCAGGCAGAGCGGCUGCGGCAGGAGAAGGAGCAGCUGGCGGCGCAGCUGGCGGCGCAGAGCCAGGCGGCGGAGCGGGCGCGGGCAGAGCUGCUGGCGCGGCACCAGCAGCAGCUGCUGGCCCUGGAGCAGCAGAGCGCRCAGGAGCUGCAGCGCCUGCGGGAGCUGCAGAGGACAUCCAUCCAGGAGAUGCGCAAAGACCAUGAGGAGCAGCUCCAGCGGCUGAAGAGGCUGAAGGAUCAGGAGAUUGACGCAGUGACCAGUGCCACUUCGCACACCAGGUCUCUGAACGGUGUCAUCGAGCAGAUGGAGAAGUUUUCCAGCGACCUGCACGACCUCUCACACCGUGUGGAGGCCACGCACCACAGCACCUCCCAGGAGCUGGCCAUGGGGGCCCAGCAGCGCGACAGGCAACUCAAGGUGCUCCAGGACAGGCUGCUGCAGCAGCAGAGGGACAUGGAGGACGAGCGAGGCCGACUCCAGGAGGUUAUUGCUAAAAUGGAGGCGAGGCUGGGCGAGCAGACUCGGUUGCUGGAGCAGGAGAGGUGGAGGGCAACAGCCGAGCAGUCCAAGGUGGAAUCGCUGCAGCGCUCACUGGAAGAGCAGCGGAGAGUCAUGACCCAGCAGCUCUCCAUGGAGCGGACAGAGAUGGAGAGAGCCAAGAGCGCGUUGCUGGAGGAGCAGAAGUCGGUGAUGCAGAAGUGCUCGGAGGAACGCCGCAAGCUGGCGGCCGAGUGGGCCGAGUUCCACACGCAGCAGCAGCUGAGCAAGGAGCGGCUGGAGCGCGACAUGGACCUGGCCCUGCAGCGGGACUCCCAGAGAGAGGGCACCAUCCUGAGCCUCGCCAAGGAGCAGGCAGAGCUGAAGAUCCGGGCCGGUGGGUUGAAGGUCAAGGAGGAGCAGCUGGCGAGGGACAGGGAGCUGCUGGAGCAGGCCUGGCAGGAGCUGCGGCUGGAGAAGGAGAAGGUGAAUCGGGCUGCGCUGCGCGUCCGGCAGCGGGUGGAGGAGAUCGACACCAUGAGCAAGCUCUCGGCCCAGAAGUGCGAGGAAGGGGAGCAAGCGCUGCGGGAGGCCCGCAGGGUAGAGUCUGAGCACCAGGCUCGACUGCAGCUCCUGCAGCAGCAGCUGGAGCAGCUGAAGCAGCAGGAGCAGCGUCUGCACCAGGAGCGGCUGAGCAUGGCUCUGCAGAGGAGCCAGCUGCAGCAGCUUCGCGAGGAGCUGCCCAACAACCCCACGCUGCUGCUGGCCACGGCCCAGGACGUCAGUGUCCCUGCCACGGGCCUCUCCAGCACACUGUGCUUUCCAGCUCCCAUCACAGCGUUCCCUAGGUGCAGCCCAGGUGCUAGCAGGGACAGCCUGAGCAGGGCAGGCCCGUCGGAGCUCCACGCCAAGCUGCUGCUGCUGAAGCACAGGGCUCAACAGGAUCGUGAUUUCUUGGAAGACGAGCAGUUCUUCCUGGAGACCCUGAAGAAGGCGUCCUACAACACUUCAUCUCUGCUGGCCUGAGAGGAAGUCRUCCCCACACCCUCCCCGAGGGACCUGCUGCUGUGCCAUACUAGU